UACUUGACAGCAUCACGUGAUGCGGACAUCUGUCUCAUCGUAUUCGGGACAUCCUUGGCGUUUGUGGCAGGACGAUUUUUUGACUAGAGUUUUUGUUUCCAUCGAAAAGGCGAGAACUUUCUACCGUGGUGUUACUUCGUCUAACCUGAAGGAAAUUUUGAAGAUGGCGACCGCAUCGAAGGAGGUAAACGAAAUAAAAUGUGGAGCGUGCAAGAAGGACUUCGCCGUCCCAAAGAUUUUGUCCUGUGGUCAUCUCAUUUGUCGGAAGUGUGUCAUCUCCUGCCUGGACCCGAGCAACGACGCCAGCUGUCCACUGUGUAGAAGUCCCAUAGUAAAGGUACAGGACCAAUCAGAGAAGGGACCCGCGGAUGUUGCCGACGCCUUGCCAACAGAGUUUGUGAUGGAGGCGCUGGUGGAGAGCGCGCACGUGCUGGCUAAAAAUAGAAUUUGCUGUGCGUGUGAUGACAUCACCGCCGAUUAUAUCUGUAUGCAGUGCCAGGACAUGUUGUGUUCAUCGUGCUACCAGAUCCACAAGAAGCUGCCAGGGACAUCCAGUCACGAUGUGGAGAGUGUCAGCACUGUGACACCUGAACGUCUGGCUGCCAGCCGCCCUGCACUGUGUGCUGACCACGGCGACAAACACGCGGAUUUCUUAUGUCUCGACCACCAUCUUGUCAUAUGCAAAGUUUGUAAAUGUACAAAACACAAAGAAUGUUUCAUAAAAGAUUUUGACGAUGAAAUAGAGUCAGCGGAGAGCUCGCUAAACGACUUGAUGAAGAUCCUGGUACAGUCAGAGCGGAAACUGGAGCAGGCUAUAGGGCAGCUGAGUUCGUGUCUACAGGAAGUCGAUAGAAGCGAAGAAAAAGACGUAUCACGGGUUGACGAAGUAUGCAACCAUCUUCAGAUCCUGGUAGAGGAGUUUCGUAACAAACUGAAAGAAAAGACUCGAUGUUCGCAUUACGAGGUCAGAAAGUCGCUACGUUAUCAGAAAGUAGCCCUCGAGAAACGUCUCGAGAAAGUGACGUCACACAAAGAUAUUGUGACGCGAGCCAGAGCAGUGGCGCCACGCCCUGCUCUCAUGCACGCGGCCAAGGCUUUGAUAGACAGGGUCAACAGUCUUGACCUCCUUGACGACAAUGUAGAUGUCGUGUCGGCCACUCCAUCCACAAGUGCAACAUACUGCGAGGACGUCGUGAGUCAGAUUGAGGAACAGCUCGAUAUGUCUGAGGAGGAGGGCUUUGUGUCCCAAGCCAGCGCUGGCAACAGCACCUUGUGGAGAAGUAAUUCCACGAGAACAGAACACGGAGAAGAAUACGGACUGUUCUUCUCGAAGGGAGGAGUUAUAGCCUCCUACGGACAUUUAAAGCCAAACAUUUUAUACCAGCUACGGUUGGACGAGGUUGACAACAAAGGAAGAAUAUAUUAUGGAGUGACACAGUCACAUCCCUUCAUACGAGACUUAAGAAAGGUAAAGGACGUGAGACUUCACGAGUGGCAAGAGCUGUAUACAGAAGGGAGUGUGGCUGGGUUGAUGCUCACCUCUAAGAAUAAUUUACAAUUUUACUUGAAUGGCGGAGUGAUAGGCACCGAGGCGGUUGUGUCUACAGAGAGCUAUGUUGUGUUCAAACUACAUUCCCGCAUGAAGGUGACGAUACUUCCUGCGGUGAAAGGGAUUGAGUAUAAAUGAUACAGUAUCAGCUUCAAGAUACCCGGAACAGACAAUUCGCAUAAAAAGUUCAAAGUUUACAGUUUAUAAGUGAAAAGAAAGUGUAAAGAUGAUAAGUGUAAACGUUUCUAUGUGCUAAUUUAAAAUCAUUAGUAAGGUGUAGAAGCUCGUAUUUUGCGGAUGUUUCUUGAUGAGUUGAUUACCGAACAAUGGCUUGUAAUUGGCAUAGCUAAACCUUUGCUUAGUAAUCAACUUAAUCAAAAUAUGAUACAAGCAGUAGACUGUAUUGGCCAAGCUGUCCUGUUGGAUCCACAGCUACCAAGACCAGAUCCUUUUCGAUGGUCUGGAAGCAGCCUCCGAUCGUCUCAUCUGCUUUAAGUGUCCGAGUCGUAAUACAUUGUGAUAUUGGUUUCCCACAAGUUUAUAUUUUUAUGUUAGUAGCAGAUGAACAAAGUUUGUGGCCUGAUUGUCCAAGUAGUGGUCGACACUAGGAAUUGUAAAUCUCCGGGACAUUGCUGAAACUCUUGUCAAGUGUUCGACAGGAAGCUGCUGACUAACAUCACAACGGAUGUGCAAUGUGUUUGGCUGCGAGCUUCAGGUCUGGACAGGACACUAGGCUAGUAUCACAGGGUUUGGGUCAAGUUCACGAAGAUAAUUGCAGCCUGAAGAGCACUGUCAGUGUCUCACAAUACUGAAUAUUCAUUUCGUGGCUCAUUUCUUACUUACAAGUAUACACACGCUCCUUCACCUUCCCUACAUAUUCGCUGCUUGUGUAUUUCUGUCCUACUGACUUUUCUGUUUCUCUGUCUCUCUUAGAUCCUCGCAAUUUCUGUUUUCUUUUCCUGUUCUUUGUUGGGAUAUGACUUACAUCACAUCACAAGGUCCAUGUGGUCUCGCGCUGCAGUGACUGAGGAAAGUUAACUAAGAUGGCUGCCUCACAGUUUUGACCGGUCUCUUACACAGGGUCACAGAGAUAUACAACACCCUACACAAUCAGAUGCAUUGUAGUACAACUUAUGUCCAUCCUGUCACGAGUUGAUAGCAGAACAGUUUAUGUACCAACACAAGUUAAAAGUAUAAUAGACGAAAUGGAGCCUUUGUCACACUACAAAGUAGCGGCCCCUAGCAGCUUCGAAAUAAACAGUAUGUUAUUAAUCAAUACAAUUGCAACCCUUAUUUAAUAACUGUAAAUACUUUUACAAAAAAUUAAGUUAAAAAUAGCAAUGAUUAGCUGGCAUUAUUUUGUGACUUUAUAAUUUUUCUGUUCUGAUGUGCUUAUUGUAUUUAGUGUUUUGUGAGGUUAGAUGAUAAACGGACAAACUACGUUUACUGCUAAAAAACUUUGUUUAUCUCUAGCUUAUGUGUGUGUGAUGGCUAGUAGUAGAAACAUUGUAAUAAAAGAUUUAUUUUUGUUGCUUUAGAUACAAUCUAAUAAUGGUUUUGAAAACAAAA